GUUGUUACAUAAUAACUUUGUACAGUAUUAAAAUGGAUUAAGAACAAAAGUAUUUUGGUAUUGUAUGGUAAAAAAAAACUACACUUUAUAGUUGGUGUUAUUAACCUGUUCUCUUUGUUGCUUGUGAGUUGCGGCUGAAACAUUCCAAUUUAUUAUUUGGGGUUUCUCAGUAAUAAUUGUUAACGUUGGGUAGAAAUAAGACCGUCUACAUUCCACCUUCUUCAUACUCCACCAAUAGCGGAAUUUGCUGGAGUAGUUGUUGUCCAUAAAACAAACUACAAUGCUCUAAAGGGUUAAGAUUCAAAUUGUUGGAGAAAAGCUACCCCUCGAAAGUAAUGAAAUAGACAAAUAGUCUGUUAGAAUAUUUAUAGUUUACUUAGCAAUAGCGUUCCUACUGACAUGGAUGCUAAUGCUGUUAAGUUGGAGCCAAAUUUAUAUGGGAUAUCAGAUCAAUUAAAACAGCCAGAUGUAGACCUUCGUUCAACAUCACCAGUUUGUAAAGCACCUAUAAUUCGGCAGUUUUGGAAAGCCGGAGCUUACGAUACUGAGUUUACUUCUAAAGCUGCAACUCAGUCUGGUUCGACAUAUCUACAUAUACACCCGAGAUUUCUUCACUCAAAUGCUACUUCUCACAAAUGGGUUUUUGGUGCUGUAGCAGAGCUUAUUGACAAUGCCGUGGACGAGAUACAAUAUGGAGCCACCUAUGUAUAUAUAGAUAAGACCUCAAACCCAAGAAAUGGAACUUCGGCAUUGCUAAUUCAAGAUGAUGGAAAUGGGAUGGAUCCACAAGCAAUGCGCCGCUGUCUGAGUUUUGGAUUUUCCGAUAAGUCGUCAAUAUCAACGAUUGGAAAGUAUGGAAAUGGCUUCAAGACGAGUUCUAUGAGGCUUGGAGCUGAUGUCAUAGUUUUCAGUCGCAGCGUUAUUGGCAGGAAAAUGACCCAAAGCAUUGGACUUCUAUCAUAUACAUUUUUGACUCGAGAGGGAUAUGACAGAAUAGUAGUUCCUAUGGUCCACUACGAGUUGAACUACGUUACAGGAUCUUUUGAUUUCCUGCAAUCAGAUAACUUCAAUUUAAAUCUUUCCAUGCUGUUGCAAUGGUCUCCAUAUUCAACACAAGAGAAACUACUAGAACAAUUUGAAGACAUUGGUCCUCAUGGCACAAAAGUCAUCGUAUACAAUUUAUGGCUUGACAAGGACGGGACUAUGGAGCUUGAUUUUGAUUCGGAACCUGAGGAUAUUCGUAUUACCCGGGAUGCACUUGGCAAAAUGAAAGAUGGUACUCGCCAAGAAGCUAGUGAACGACACAUUGCCAAUCAACUCCGUUAUUCUCUCCGUGCAUACUUAUCCAUUUUGUACUUGAAGUUACCGGAAACAUUUGCGAUAGUAUUACGUGGGAAAACCGUCCUAUAUCAUAAUGUCGCUACAGACUUGAAGUACCCAGAAUAUAUCAUGUAUAGAACUCCCGAGGGUCCAAUAGUUACAACGAUCGGUUUUGUCAAAGAGGCUCCACGUGUCAAUGUCCACGGAUUUAAUGUCUACCACAAAAAUCGUCUGAUCCUGCCAUAUUGUCCCAUGGUUAGCUUUUCUGGAAAUAGAGGGAGAGGUGUAGUUGGUAUCCUUGAAGCAAAUUUUAUCGAGCCUACUCAUGAUAAGCAGGAUUUUGAGAAAACUUCUAUCUUCCAAAAACUUAAGCAUCGGUUGAAAGAAAUGACAUGGGAGUAUUGGGAUUACCAUUGUGGACUGAUUGGCUAUAAAUUUAUUACAAAGCCACGGCCCCCAUCAGCCACUCCGGGUGCCUCUAAUUUUGUGUAUCAGCAUGGUACAGAACAAAAUGUUCCCAUGAGGAAAUACUAUGGUGCUGGUGGUUCAACUAGAAAACCACCAAUGAUAACCAGCAUAAAUACCAAGGCUGCUUUUGAAUCAAAAUCUUUGCCAAAACCAGUAGAACCUUUCAUCUCUAGAGGUUUUCAAGACGAAGGGUCAAACUUAAAGAGAAAAUCAAGUGUUCAACCUACGAUGCUCAAAUCAAAGCCUCGGAUGGAGGUUGACGCUAACAAAGGAGUUGAUCUGCCUGGUUUGGUCAACUCACGUGAAGCAGCACAGGUGUUUAAAGAGAACAGAAAGCUUCGAGCCCAAUGUGCUGAAUAUGAGAAGGCAGAAGAACAACUUAAGGUCAAGGUGAUGCAGCUUAAAAUGGAACUAGGAAUAGCCCAAAAAGAGUAUGCUCAUGUUUUGGCUGAGUUGCAGGACUUGCAGAAGUGAAGGGGGAACAACUGUGCAAGUGUUUGAUUAACUUAGUGUGUAUAGUAUCAUUGUUAUUUUAUAGGCGGCACAUUUAUUUCGAGCCUCUAACUGCUAAAUUGUUACCGUAGAUGAAAACUAAGGUCUGUAAUAGUUUGUUGUUGUCGCUGUCUUGAAUAAAAUGUUGUAUAUUAUCAUCAA